UGAGCUGCGGCUCUAUUACCGUACACGAUGACAUGGCAGCGGGCAUCAAACAGCAGCAGCGGCUCCCUAACUCCAGACGAUCGAACUGAAACCCUCUCAGCGCUCUGUUUACAACGCCGGACUCAUUCUCCACCCAGCUCCCAGCUUUCACUGCUGUGGGUUCUCUGAAGCAAACUGCAUGCUGGGAACAUCACGGUGAAUGUCGAUGCCUCGAUGCCGAGCAUUCCUCAGUCAGUACCUGCGAUGGUCCAACACCGUCACCCAGGCUGCGGCCCUGUGCGUCAUCACGUUCUGCCUGGUGCUGCCUCUGUGCUGCCAUCGGAUGCUCUACUCGUACUUCUUCGUCCGCUCCAUGUACCUGGACUCCAUGAGCGAGGAGGCGCUGCAGGAGAGCCUUGAACGCGGCCGCGGCGCGCUACUGUUCUGGCAGAGUGCUUCCACGGCAGCGGCAGCGGCGACGUCUUCCAGAUUCAGCGACGUCGCCCAGCAUCCUGAGCUGCUGGUUACCGUGGUGACGGCCAGGCGGAGUGAGGGGCGGGACUUCCACUACCUGCUCCAGGUGACGCGGCAGCUGAGCGGCCUUCUGGGAGGCUGCGGGGCGCGGCCGUGCGCGGAGGUCUUGGUCUGCGACGUGGAAAGCGGGCACCUGGAGAACCAGGACGCCAAGAUGCUGGAGGCCCACUUCAGGGUGAUCCGGCGUUCCCCGAAGGAGCAGCAGAGGGACAGCAGGGAGCGAGCCAACACCUUCGAGAGGGAGAAGAGGGAUUACGUCUUUUGUCUCCGCAAAGGCUGGGAGCUGGUGCAGCCCAAACACAUGAUCGUCCUGGAGGACGACGCUCUGCCAAAGCCGGACUUUUUCUCCGUGGUGAAGGACCUGCUGUCCCGCCGCUUUGCCCUGCAGACGCUCUACAUCAAGCUGUAUCACCCGGAGAGGCUGCAGCGCUACUGGAACCCCGAGCCGUACCGCAUCCUGGAGUGGGUGGGCCUCGGGCUGGUCGGAGCGACGGCCCUCCUCCUCGCCGCUCCGCUCUGGAACGGGUGCUCGUUCUCCUUCUCGCUGUCAGCCGGCCACCUCCUCUUCUUCACGCUCUACGUCAUGGCGGCCGCCGAGCUGCUGGGGCGGCACUACCUCCUGGAGGCACGGAGGCUCUCCCCGCAGCUCUACGCCGUCUCCCCGGCGACGGAGUGCUGCACGCCGGCCAUGCUCUUCCCCGGCAACGCCUCGCUCAGGGUGGCCGAGUAUCUGGACGGCUCGUUCUGCGCCAAGGGCAACGCCAAGGACAUGGUUCUGUACCGGAUGGCGAGGACGAUCCCCGGGGAGAGGGCGCACAGCGUGGAACCCAACCUCAUCACACACAUCGGGGCCUUUUCCUCCGUAAGGGCCAACCCAGCGAGGCCCAAACUCCUCUGAGAGGGGGGGGGGGGACGCAGAGCAACAAGGCUGCAUUUAAAGGGUCUGCAGCCCUGCAAACUGUCGACUGGUUGGUUUGUGUCCAGUAG